AUGCUCAAAGGCACCGGCGCCGUCCAAGUCGACAUCAGAAUCUCCGACCUCAAGACCCGAGUGCAGAAGUCUGUAGACUUUUACAACUCGAAUCGUGAGAAAGAUGACUUCGACUACCACGCCACCCACGGCCUACAAGUCAUCAGCGCCAGAGUCUCAACACUGGCGCAAGACAAUGCAGAAGCACACGUCGUCUUUGAGAAAGAGACGGUCCGCGAGCUCUGCAAUCCCAUGGGUAACAUGCACGGUGGCGCUACAGCGACGUUAGUAGAUAUGUCGACGACGUUUGCGCAAGCCGCCAUCACCAAGGAAGGGUUCUGGGAGUUUGGCGGUGUCUCGAGGACGAUGGGCGUCACCUACCUUAAGCCGAUCGUGCAGGGGACUAUCAUUGUGAUUGAGUGUAGUGUGCGGAGUGUUGGGAAGAGGUCGAGUGAGUUGUGUUAUUCUUACUGA